AUGGAGGAGCCGAUGUCGACGGAGAGCUCCGAUUACAAGCCCUACACUCUCUCCCAAACCCUAACCGGCCACAGCAGCGCCAUCUCCUGCGUCAAAUUCUCCUCCGACGGCCGCCUCCUGGGCUCCUCCUCCGCCGACAAGACCAUCCGCACCUACUCCAUCUCCUCCGACGACUCCUCCUCCUUCACCCCCGCCCAAACCUUCGAUGGCCACAGCCAGGGCGUCUCCGACCUCGCCUUCUCCGCCGACUCCCGCUUCAUGGUCUCCGCCUCCGACGACAAAACCCUCCGCCUCUGGGACGUCGAGUCCGGCGCCCUCAUCAAAACCCUACGCGGCCACACCAACUACGUCUUCUGCGCCAAUUUCAAUCCCCAGUCCAACAUGAUCGUCUCCGGCUCGUUCGACGAAACGGUGCGGAUUUGGGAUGUGAAAACCGGGAAGUGCCUCAAGGUGUUGCCGGCGCACUCCGAUCCCGUCACCGCCGUUGAUUUCAACCGCGACGGCUCCAUUAUCGUUUCGAGUAGCUAUGAUGGGCUGUGCAGGACAUGGGAUGCUUCCACUGGGCAUUGUACCAAGACUUUGAUUGAUGAUGAGAAUCCGCCGGUGUCUUUUGUCAAGUUCUCGCCCAACGGGAAGUUCAUUCUUGUUGGCACUCUGGAUAAUACUCUGAGGCUUUGGAACUUUCAAACUGGCAAAUGUCUGAAGACAUACACUGGUCACAAGAGUUCAAAAUUCUGCAUAUCAUCCACCUUUUCUGUGACAAAUGGGAAAUACAUUGUAAGCGGUUCUGAAGAUCAUUGUCUAUACUUGUGGGAAUUGCAAAGCAGGAAAAUAGUUCAGAAAUUGGAAGGUCACACUGAUACUGUUGUAUCAGUUUCAUGUCACCCUGAAAAAAACAUAAUUGCAUCUGGUGCACUUGGGAGUGACAAGACAGUGAAGAUCUGGACUCAGGAGAAAUGAUUCUUUUUCAGUGUGCUGUAAAUGGUUGCAAGUUCCAAGCCAUCCUUGGCAUGAAUAUUGACAGAGGAAAGACAGACUGUUGUAUAACACAGAAUGGUCUGUUCUAUGCGAGGGCUAUUGCUACAUGUUUCUUACCUUCCAACUUCGUUGAGUAACUACCUGGUUGUAUUUUAGAACAAUGCUUCUGAGUAUCAGUUUGAACUUAAUCCUCCUAAUUAUUAGCCUUUUCUUGAACUUCUUUUGUGUUUUAUGUAUGUGGUGUUGUAUGGUGGACUAGGAGCUAUGAAGCUUAAAUGUUCAAUAACC